CUCUCACGGAGAAUACAUUGAUAUCCAAAUAUCCAAACGUCUGAAAAGUUCAACCGUAGGUCACAAUGGUGAGUUGAUUUUGAUUUUGAUUUCGGUUUGGAUUUGGAUAAUUGACUGAAUUGUCAACAUCGCUACCAAUCUUUAUUGGUAAACAAUACUCAUGAUUUCACAAAUUUCUUCACUCACUCGAGACUCACUCCUCGUACAAGAAAUCAUUGUUGCUUGUGAAGCCGUACUUUCAGUCUAUUAAAUAUUUAUGCCUUGUGGCCUCAAUUCCUGCCUCAUUGAUCCCAGCGCAAUCGACCCUGUAUCAAAAUGCGCCCGCAUUAUUUACAUUGGAGAAGUCGAUGUCUAGAAGGAUUUCCCCUCAAAUCAUAGACAACCACAAGUCGAUCGAAAUUCAUCAUGGCUAGGCAACGAAAUCACGAGCUAAUCUAUCAACUAUCAGCAAUAUUCUCUUUUCUGCCAUUUCGAAAGGCUACCAACCUACAAUUAUCAGAUGCUAUAAAGCAAUACAUAUCCACAAAAUAUGAUCAGCAUCCGGAUAUGUUCAAGCAGGACCUUGAGGUUAUCGAUGCUUUACGAAGAGAUGCUAUUCAUGUCAGGGAACCUCAUACCACUGGAAUAAGAAAGAUAUCAGCAUAUGCAGGUCAACUUUCCUGGUUGGGGGGUAAAUUUCCUAUAGAUAUCGGAGUAGAGUUUUCAUGGUACCCCGCUCUAGGAUACAACAUCGACCGACUCGUUGUAGAAAACAACCUCAAAUUCGAACUCGCAAAUGUAAUGUUCAACCUCGCGGCUCUCUAUUCCCAGCUCGCCAUGUCUGCCAAUAGAGCAACGGCGGAUGGAUUGAAAAUUGCUUGUAACAACUUUUCUCUUGCGGCAGGAGUACUCAAACAUUUAAAGGAGGAAAUAAUACCCGAAUUGCGCACUUCCCCUCCUGAAGAUAUGGAUGAUGAUACACUGGAAUGUCUUCAAAGUCUUAUGUUAGCACAAGCCCAAGAAUGUUUUUGGGCAAGAGCACGAGGAAACGGGACCAAAGAUGCUUUAGUGGCAAAAUUGGCUGCGAAAGUGUCAGAUUUAUAUUCGCAAGCUUCGGAUUGGGGUAUGAAGAGUAAUGCUAUAAGUUCGGAAUGGCUACAUCAUUCAUCGGUCAAACAUCAUCAUUUCGCCGCGGCGGCACAAUAUCGCAUGGCGUGUGAUUGUUUGGAGAAGAGAAAAUACGGAGAGGAGGUAGCGAGGUUGACAGAUAGUAUUGUUUGCGCCAAUGAGGGAAUCAAGGAAAUAAAAUAUGUCAAUAAAGCUGUGGCAAGCGAGUUACAGUUGUUGAAGAAUACGGUGACGGAAUGUUUGAAAAGGGCUGAGAAGGACAAUGAUUUAAUUUAUCUUGAUCCUGUACCACCUAAGAACGAACUGAAACGCCUUGAACGAGCAAGUAUGGCCAACCCUAUAAUCCCAAAAGAAGUUUCUGAACCCAUGACUUUUCUUGGAGAUCAUAAAGAAUUUGGACCGCCGCUGUUCUCCAAACUUGUGCCUUUUGCUGUUCAUGUAGCAGCCAGUAUCUACGAAGAACGCCGCGAUCGAAUUGUUAAUAACAAUAUCAUUGACGAACUUGAGAUUUUAACAACCCGGAUCCAUGAUACCCUUCGUUCCCUAAAUCUCCCUGGCUCUCUACAAGCACUUGAGAAACCUUUGGGCCUUCCUCCUACUUUGCUUUCUCAUGCAGAAGAGCUUCGUCAAGCAGAUGCAAUUGGUCGUAUCAAUCGAUCAUUUUCCGAUGCGGCAAAGCUAAAGGCAUCAGAUGAAGCUAUAUUUCUCGAAGCUAAAGAGCUAUUACAAUCAGAAGCAUCUGAAAAUGAUCGACUACUGAGAAAAUUUGGAAGCGAUAGAUGGGCUCGUUUAGACUCUCGGUCUGCAUCCCCGAAAUUAUACACUCAAGUGGAUGAAAUCGAAGGGUAUUUCAAAAGCGCGGCGAACAGUGACCAAGUUGUUAUCGUCAAAUUUCGCGAGUAUGAAUCUAUUCUUCAAAUUCUUACCAGUUCAGACCGAGAUAUUGGGAACUUCGUCCCUAGCUCUCGACGAGUUAAUAUACCACCAAAUCUUGAAGGGGAAGUUUCCAAGCUUAGAAAUUCCCUUAACGAAAUUUCAAGAUUGGAGAGUAGAAGGAGGAGGAAAAUAGAAGCUAUAAGAGAGAAAGCAAAGAAGGAUGACAUAAAUCAUAGCAUUCUAGCCGAAACUGCUCGUUUGGAACGAGACUAUCCCUCAACACCUGUUGUUCCGGCUCAUUUUGAAGAUUUCUUCGAAAGACGCCUCUCCCACACCUACGACGCAGAUCUCACUUCUCUUAAAACCGAAUCGGAAGAACAGGAAAAGCUCCUCCAACAAUUGGAAAUAGCAAACGGAUCAUUCAUUAAAGCUAGAGCUGGAGAUACAAGCACGAGGGAGAGAGAACAGGCCUUACAGAAACUUGAAAUGGCAUACUAUAAGUACAAAGAGAUAGUCAAUAAUGUAGAUGGUGGAAGGAAAUUCUACAAUGAUUUGGCGAAGAUAGUAGGGAGAUUUAGAGAUGGUUGUAAGGCUUUUGUACAGGAUAGAAGGGAGGAAGCAAGAAGAAUGGAAGCGGAUUUAAGUAUGCCGUUGAAACCGAUGAGUAGUCUUAGUUUACAUCAUCCUCAACCAGGAGUUGGUGGGGGAGUGAGCAUAGGAGGACAUCAUGCGCCGCCACCGCCACAACCGCUCAUCCCGGUGCAAAUGCAGGGCGGCGAAGUGCCCAGUCCGAGGAGAGAAAUGAGCCCGAUCCAAGCACCGGUUCCGCAGAGAGCGAGUUUACAGAGUACGCCGGUGAAUGUUGGGGGUGCGGGUCCCGGGGGAGUGGGGAAUGUAGGAGGUAUGCCAGGCGCAUUUGCAAAUAGCGUUAAUAUGGGUGGGGGUGCAGGUGCAACGUGGAAUCCGGAAUUGGGAAUUAAAUUUGGUGGUAGUGGUGCUGCUGGUAGUGCUGUUGGUGGUGGUGGAGAAAAUGCACCACCGCCACAGACGCAAGCGCAGCCCAAACAAACGACGUGGGAUCCGAGUGCAGGGUUGAGAUUUGGAUGACGAGUUGGGGUAUGUGGAAGGUGAAGGGGGAUUAGGGGGUGAACUUUUAUGUAUGUAUGUUGUAUGUAUGUAAUUAAAAGGAACCUCGAGAUACGCGCUUAUACUUACAAUACCUAUCUGUUCAAGAAAUACUCGUAUGCAUUCAGUAUAUAUAAAUGCGUAUAUGUAUAUGUAUAUAAUAGCAUAUAGCAAAACAAUCGGUGGACAUGCGAUCAACGGACAAACGAUCAACGGACAAACGAUCAGCGGACAAACGAUCAGCGGACAAACAAUCAGCGGACAAACGAUCAAAAGAAUAGUGAGAUGAGAUGAGAUGAGAUGAGAUGGAUAUGAAAAAAAGUUAAAAUUGAGGAGAAUAAAAAGGAAAUAAUCUAUCUAUUCAUCUAUUCAUCUAUUCAUCUUCUCAAAUCUCAAAUCUCAAAUCUCAAAUCUACUUAUAUUACCUAUUACCUAUUAUCUAAUUAUUAUCACG